CAGAAAAAAAUUAGACCCAAGGAAGGCCCUGUCCAGAACACAGAAAACGUAUAAACGGCCGUCAAUUUUGAUGAUACUCAAAAUGAAACUCAAAAAUGGCUGAAACCCGCACAUAGAUUUAGGAUAAUAUUGCUGUUUUAACAAGCAGGCAGAGCCCUGUCUUAGGUGAUUCGAUGAUGGAGCUUCUUACAAGGUCCUGUUCAAUUGCGAAAACAGCCACAUUUCUGGUACCCGCAUCCGCCAGGGGCUGUAUCGGUGGAAAGACAAGGGCAAGGUGUCUUGCUGUGGCAGCCAGUGUAGGGGAUUCAGUACGAGUGCGCUUUGCCCCUUCUCCCACCGGAAAUCUUCAUGUGGGAGGCGCCAGGACUGCUCUUUUCAACUAUUUAUUUGCCAGGUCCAAAGGAGGUAAAUUCAUUCUGCGGAUUGAAGAUACUGACUUAGAAAGGUCUACUAAAGAGUCGGAGGAAGUAGUUCUACGUGAUUUGGCUUGGCUGGGAUUAGAUUGGGAUGAAGGCCCAGACAAAGGUGGUAAUUUUGGCCCUUAUCGCCAAUCAGAAAGGAAUACUUUAUAUAAGGAAUAUACAGACAUGCUGCUGAAUACCGGUCAUGUUUACAGAUGCUUCUGCUCUAAUGAGGAACUAGAUAGAAUGAGGGAGGAAGCUAAGUUGAAGCAGUUGCCUCCAGUGUAUACAGGCAAGUGGGCUUCAGCUACAGAUGAAGAAAUUCAGGAAGAGUUGCUUAAGGGGACACCAUAUACAUUCCGUUUUCGAGUUCCUAAAGAAGGGAACAUGAAAAUUAAUGAUCUUAUCCGUGGUGAAGUUUCAUGGAAUCUGGAUACACUUGGUGACUUUGUAAUUAUGAGGAGUAAUGGACAGCCUGUCUACAAUUUUUGUGUUGCUGUGGACGAUGCAACCAUGGAGAUUUCUCAUGUUAUAAGGGCAGAGGAACACUUGCCAAACACAUUGAGGCAGGCACUAAUCUACAAAGCCUUAGGAUUCUCAAUGCCUUAUUUUGCACAUGUAUCUUUGAUCCUUGCCCCAGAUCGCAGUAAACUAUCUAAGCGGCAUGGUGCCACGUCAGUGGGACAGUUUAAAGAGAUGGGGUACUUACCCGAAGCAAUGGUGAACUAUUUAGCCCUCUUGGGAUGGAAUGAUGGCACAGAAGCAGAAUAUUUUAACAUUGAACAACUGAUAAAAAUUUUUUCAGUUGAUCGAAUUACGAAAAGUGCAGCUAUCUUUGAUUUGGCAAAAUUACGGUGGAUGAAUGGGCAGCAUUUGAGGUCCCUUCCAUCAGAUGAGUUAGCCAAGCUUUUAGGAGAGCAUUGGAAGAAAAGUGGCAUUCUGUCUGAAUCUGAGGGUUCUUUCAUACAUGAAGCAACAGAGCUGUUAAAGGAUGCGAUUGACUUGGUACCAAGUUCAGAUCAAGCACUUCGGGAUUUAUUUUCAUAUCCAUUGCAAUCUACUUUAAUGAGUCCUGAAGGAAAGGAAGUUAUAAAUGAUAAUCUUGUCGAAGUUAUAGAAGCUCUAUUGUCUGAGGUUGAUAGUGGAAAUUUACAAAAUGCCCUUGAGAGUGGUCCUUCUGGCUGGCAAAACUGGGUUAAGAGUUUUGGGAAGGCAUUGAAGCGAAAGGGAAAAAGACUGUUUAUGCCAUUGCGUGUGAUACUCACUGGCAAACUUCAUGGUCCUGACAUUGGAGCCACCAUUCUUUUCUUACAUAAAGCAGGCAAUUCCGGAAUCAUUGCAUCAUCUGCAGGUUUUAUUACAUUGGAAGAGCGUCUUCAUGUUCUAAGAGAACUUGAUUUAAAAAUAUUUUCAGAGGAAAAAAUGGCAGUUUCUAGUGCUGAUGAAAGUGUAAAGGUCAUUUCACAUUGAAAUACUUUUUUGGUGACAGUGAUGCCUCAAAAGUCAGAUGUGUGGACUGUAUAUAAUGAUAACUAGUCUUUUUUGAAAUUUCUACAAUAUCUAUAUGAAAUUUCCCUCUAUUCAUGGGAUUCUGUUGGUGGUUA